AUGGAGGUCGGAUCGAGUGUGGAACUUUCUCGUGUGGUUGCCGGGAAAAGGGAGGGCGAAAAGGUGGUUUGGGCGGUGGGAACGACCAACCGCGCGAAACUCGCGAGCGUCCACGCCGUCGUCCAGCGCUGCUUUCCUCGCCAAACGCACGACGUCGUCGCCUGCGAGGUGCCCUCCGGCGUCCGCGCGCAGCCGAUGAGUGCGGGGGAAACCCAACGCGGCGCGCUCGCCCGCGCCCGUGCGGCCCUCCGCUGCCUUCCCCACGCCGAUUUUGGCGUCGGCCUCGAGGGUGGCAUUGAGCACGUUUCUCUCGCGGAAGAAGAAGCAAAAGAAGGGAAAGGGGAGGGGGAACGAAACGAUCAUGAGGAGGGAGAGCGGUAUUUCGAAUGUGGGUGGAUGGCGGUGGUGGAGAGGCAAACCGGCCGCGUCGGGUUGGGCUCCUCCGCGCGUUUUGAGAUGAGCCCGGCGUUGAUGACGCCGAUCCUGACGGAGGGGAAGGAGCUCGCGGAGGUGAUGGAUGCGUUGACGGGGGAGCAGGAUGUCCGAUCGGGUCUCGGCGCGAUGGGGGUCCUCACCGCAGGGGUGCUGGAUCGCGCGACGGCGUAUAGCCAUGGAUUGAUCUUCGCCUUGGCGCCCUUUUUGUCGGAUACGAAGUAUUGGGGCCAGCACGCUUCCAAAUCUUAA